GUCACCCUGGAUUAUAUAAUAAUCUCAUCUUGAUUUCUGGCGCCCGCAGUGGAGAUAUUUUGGAUUAUUAUCACCUGAUAAUGAUGCUGCCCUGGUGCUGAUUCAGGUUGUGGGUGCUGGAGGCAGAGAGAGACUGACACCUCCAGUAACGCUGACUGAGCGACAGGCCAGGCUGGACAGCUUGAUGGUGGUAAUAAGCUAAAACAAACAGACUCAAACCGAGGCCGAGAUGGAAUUACGACUGGGAUUUAGGAUCACCCUGGUCUUGGUCAUCCUGGCCUUGACUCUUUCCAGUGAGAGGGUGGAAGCACAGAGGGCAGGGUGUAAAAAUGUCCACUAUGACUUGGCGUUUAUCCUGGAUACCUCAUCCAGCGUUGGAAAAGAGAACUUUGAGAAGAUCAGGCAAUGGGUGGCCAACCUGGUGGAGUCUUUUGAUGUGGCACCAGACAAGACAAGAGUAGCUGUAGUUCGCUACAGUGACAGACCCACCACUGAGUUCAACCUGGGGAAACACAGGACCCUGGAAGAUGUGAAGCAAGCUGCCCGUAACAUACGCUACCUGGGGGGAAAUACAAUGACCGGGGAUGCUAUCAGCUACACCACUGACAACAUCUUCACGGAGGGGAACGGAGCGAGGCCCACAGCUAGAGGCAUUCAGAGGGUGGCCAUCCUUCUCACAGAUGGCCGGAGCCAGGAUUAUGUUCUGGAGCCCUCUAAGGCAGCUGCCAAAGCUGGUAUCAGGAUGUUUGCCGUGGGCAUCGGGGAGGCACUGAAGGAGGAGCUGGAAGAAAUCGCAGCGGAGCCAAAGAAUGCCCACGUCUUCCAUGUGACGGACUUUAACGCCAUUGACAAGAUCAGGGGCCGGCUGAGGAGGCGGCUGUGCGAGAAUGUCCUGUGUCCAAACAUGAAGGUCCAACCUGAUCGCUUUAAGCCCAACAGCACCAGUUAUGGUCUUGAAGAGGUUCCAGGGUUCGACCUGAUGGAGUACUUCAAUGUGAGAGAUAUUCUGGGAACCAGAUUUGAUGAAGGCCAGAGUUCUUAUGUUCGCCUUGGCACCAUGCCCAUUGUACAGCAGACAGAAGACGUGUUUCCUCAAGGGUUGCCAGAUGAAUAUGCCUUUGUGACGACAUUCAAAUUCAGGAAAACCUCAAGACGUGAAGAUUGGUACCUGUGGCAGGUUUUUGAUAAAUAUGGAAUCCCACAGGUGUCCAUUCGUCUGGAUGGCGAGAACAAGGCAGUGGAGUACAACGCUGUUGGGCUGACAAAAGAUGCUGUCAGAGCCGUGUUCAAGAAUCCUGAAGUUGACAACCUGUUUGACCGUAACUGGCACAAGAUUGCCCUCAGUGUGGAAGCCAAGGCUGUGUCUCUGUACCUGGACUGCAAACACAUCCAGACACUGCCCAUUGAAGACAGAGAGGACAUUGAUAUCCAGGGGAGGACAGUAAUUGGGAAGAGGCUGUAUGACAGUGUGCCAAUUGAUUUUGACCUCCAAAGGAUGAUGAUUUACUGUGAUUCCAAGCACGCAGAGCUGGAAACCUGCUGUGAUCUGCCCAAUGGACCCUGCCCUAAGAAAGUGGUGACAGAAGCUCCCCCUCUGGAGAUCCCCACUCCGACACCUACUGUUGUGGAGCAACAAAGAGGCCCUCAAGUCAACUGCUCAUGCCCUGCAGGAGAGAAGGGAGAGAUCGGUGCACCUGGUGUUGCAGGUCCCAAGGGUGAAAAGGGUGACACUGGCCCUAUGGGCGCCAUCGGACCCGCAAGCGUCAAAGGAGAAAAAGGAGAAAGUGGCAGAGUAAUCUCUGUCAAAGGUGGCAGAGGUGAGAAGGGUGAUACAGGCAGCAUAGGGUUGACAGGUGCUCCUGGACAAAAAGGAGAGAAGGGAGUUGGUGGUGUGCCAGGUAUUGAUGGUUUAUCUGGAGACAAAGGAGACAAAGGUGAAGCUGGACUGGCUGGUGAUCCAGGGCUGCCAGGUCCAGCUGGACCAAAGGGAAUUCAAGGGGACUCAGGAAUUCCUGGCGCACCUGGACCAAAAGGAGUCACUGGUGAAUUGGGUGUAAAAGGUGAAAAAGGAGCUCCAGGAGCCUCGGGUGGGGCAGGUUUGGAUGGAUUACCUGGAAAACCUGGUCUUCCUGGGAAAGAUGGUUUGAGAGGACUGGUUGGUACACCCGGGCCCAGCGGAAUUAAAGGCGACAAGGGGGAGAGAGGCCUUCCCGGAUUACCUGGGGAUGUGGUUCAACAAGAAGGUUUACGGGGUGAAAAGGGAGAUCCUGGACCCCAGGGGCCCCCAGGGGCUGAUGGCCCCCCAGGGCCUUCUGGUCCUCCUGGUUUACAAGGUCUACCCGGGGAGCCUGGAGAAUUCGGCCAAAGGGGAAAGAAGGGUGAAAGUGGGUUGCCUGGAGUGGAUGGCCUUCCCGGACCUCCUGGUCCUCAGGGUCCACCUGGGCCACCAGGAAACCAAGGACACACUGGACCUCCGGGUCUGCCCGGUGAAAUUGGAUUUUCAGGCAAACCCGGAGAACCUGGAAAGCCUGGUCUUCCUGGUAAAGAUGGUCUGGACGGUCUUCCUGGAAAUGAUGGUGCCAUGGGGCCCAGGGGAGAGCGUGGAGCAGAUGGUUUUCCCGGCAAGUCUGGACCUAAGGGUGAUGAAGGGCCACCUGGACCAAGAGGACCUCCAGGAGAGAGAGGAGAAGCUGGUUCCCCUGGACAGCCAGGUGCUGAUGGAGCAAGAGGAGACAGGGGCAUUCCGGGAGAAAGAGGACUGGAUGGACCAGUUGGGCCAAAAGGUGAAAAGGGAGACAAGGGUGAAGUGGGAGCGAGGGGACCGCCUGGAGCUCCAGGAAAUGUGGCAAAUGUCAUUCCUGAGCCUGGUGAACCUGGAAUACCCGGAGAAAAGGGAGAGAAAGGAGAUCAAGGGAAACCAGGAGAGAUGGGCCCAAGAGGAUUACCUGGCGAACAAGGUUUUAAGGGUCCACCUGGAGCACCGGGUCCAAAAGGUGACACUGGACCUACAGGAGAGACAGGACGAGUUGGAGACCCUGGUCCACCUGGCAUAGCUGGUCCUCAAGGUCCUCGUGGAUUGCCAGGGAAUGUGGGCAUACCAGGCAUAAUUGGGCCUCCUGGUCCUGCAGGACAGAGAGGAGACAAGGGUGAACCAGGUAAACCAGGACAAACAGGUCCCGCAGGCCCACCUGGAGAGCCUGGUAUGACUGGACCCCCUGGACCACCAGGGAAGGGGAAAGAUGGGCAAAAUGGAGAACCAGGACCACAGGGAAUUUCUGGACCCCCGGGGCCAAAGGGUCAACCAGGGUCACGAGGUGAACCAGGGUUACCAGGGGACAGGGGUCAAGCAGGAGAAGGCAAAGUGGGACCACCGGGUUCACCAGGAAUUAAAGGGGAACCUGGAUCUGCGGGUUUGAGGGGUCCACCAGGAGUUGCAGGUCCUCAGGGCCCAGCAGGACACAAUGGUUUACCAGGAAGGCCGGGAGAGAAGGGAGCACCUGGAGAGCCUGGAAAGGCAGCAGACCUCUCUGACCUAAAUCUGAAGGAUGUAUGCUCAGACUGCCCUGCAGGUCCACCUGGACCACCUGGUCUUCCAGGAGUCCCUGGAGACAAAGGACACGCAGGACCUCCUGGGAAAAAUGGUCAAGAUGGUUACCAAGGCCCGUCGGGACCAGCAGGACCUCCAGGGCCCCCUGGAGCCGACGGAACAAAGGGUAUAAAAGGUGAUCGAGGACCUCCUGGAGGCCCCGGAGACAAAGGAGAAAAGGGUCACCCAGGACCCCCUGGUCAUCCAGGAGCUCCUGGCUUAAUGGGUACACCUGGUAACGAUGGACAACCUGGCCCCGCUGGUCCCCCAGGGCCCCCUGGAGAAAAGGGCAAAGAGGGUCUCAAAGGAAUCCAGGGACCACCGGGUCUCCCAGGCUUGAUAGGUCAGCCUGGAAAAAUGGGAAAGGAUGGCAGACCAGGUGAAACAGGAGAACCUGGCAAACAAGGUGAACCUGGGCCACUAGGAAACCCUGGGCUCAGGGGACUCCCAGGCUUUAAAGGCCACAGAGGAGAACCUGGAGCUCCAGGACCUAAGGGAGAAGAUGGAAAGUCUGGAUCACCUGGGCGUGACGGCAAACCUGGAAAGGAGGGGUCAAAGGGUCCUCCAGGUCCAGAAGGACUUCUUGGACCGAGAGGAGAGCCGGGCAAGCCAGGUGAACCAGGACCAUCAGGAAAAUCAGGUCUCCCUGGAACUCCAGGUCUGAGGGGAGACAAGGGAGAGGCUGGCAAUCCAGGAUUACCAGGAUUUAGUGGGCCUAAAGGCCCUGCGGGUCCAUCUGGUCCAGCUGGCCCAGAGGGGAAGCAGGGGAUGCCAGGCAGAGCUGGUGAUCGUGGCAUCAAAGGAGAUAGGGGUGACCCAGGUACAAAGGGAGAUAAAGGACAUUCAGGAGAACCAGGUAUGCCUGGAAACCCUGGACCCCCAGGUAGAAAGGGCCACACAGGAAUGAUGGGCAUGUCAGGACCACCAGGAGAAAUAGGACCUCCUGGGCCACAGGGACCUUCAGGAAACCCUGGUCUCCCAGGCCCAAGGGGAGAGUCAGUAUCACUGGAGCAGAUGAGACGGCUCAUCCAGGAGGAGCUGGCAAAACAAUUAGAUGCCAAAUUGGCUUACCUCAUGGCUCAGAUCCAGCCAGCCCACGUGAAGAGCACAGUCGGCCGUCCAGGACCUCCAGGCCCUCCAGGUAAGGACGGCGGUCCUGGACGACCUGGCCCCCCUGGAGAGCCUGGCAUGCCUGGGCAGAAUGGAGGAGAAGGACCUAGAGGACCCAUGGGCCCUAAAGGUGAGAAAGGAACAAGAGGAGAGAAGGGAGAACCUGGUAUUGGUGAACGAGGAGAGCAAGGCCCUCCUGGCCCGAUAGGUCCAGCCGGUCUGCCUGGUUAUGGCAAGGAUGGAAGUCCAGGACAAGCCGGAGCCCAGGGAGAGCCAGGAAACCCCGGCCCCCACGGUCAGCCUGGACCUCCGGGUCCACCUGGCCAAUGUGACCCCACCCAGUGUGCCUAUUAUGCCAGCCUGGCACAAAGACCCCACACCAAAAACGUCAAGGGGACUUAAGAAAGAGGAGACACAAAGAGCUUGAAGUCUAGCUGUAUUUAUGAACUUGGUUGUGUCAGUCUGAAUCAAGAACUUUUCCUUUUGAAGAUAACCUCAGUACGGAGGGCUGAAGCAAUAUGUGCUGCCGGUCAGAUUCUUUGUUUUGUUUGUUUUUGGUAUGAAGCUUGGGAUGGAUUGGGAUUGAGCAUCGGGGGACUUUUAAGAUUUAAUAUGGGGUGAAGAGGGCAGCUAAGCGUUUUUUUUCCCCCCUCAUUUGCAUGCUUGCUGUAAAAUAUAUAGGGAGAUAACAAGGAUGAUGCGGCUCCCUCCUCUUAAAACCCCCAUCGGGAGUGAAGAUUUGGGAUUCUGAUAUUGUAUCGUUUCAUCAAUAAUUAUCUCAAACGUACAGCCAGGCAUUUUUUUUUUUUUUUUCAGAAAUAUGUCAGCAUCACGGCCUUUUUUUUUUUUUCCUCCCUCACACCAUUUUGCAUCAGUUACCCCUCGAAGCCCACACUGUACUACGUCAAGCCAUCGCUGUCAGUUACUGCUCACUAAAUUGAUCUCUCGCUAGGGAUCUUCUGCCACUCAGCUGGUAAUUACUCAAUCAAGGGAAUUAUCUGUUUUGUUGUCACUGAUUGGAAAGGGGGGAGGACAGACAGGGUGAGGCACAAUCUCAAAUACCAAUAGUGAUUUUGUGUAGGCGGAGUGUUAAUGAGUUAGUGUGGAGAGUGAUGAAUGACCACAUUUGUGCACUUCUUGCCUCCAAGCUGUUAGCCGUGUUCUUAUGUAGCCCUGUUUUUGGAUCAUAUUAGCAGCCCAGGACGGGCAGAAAAACAGAAUCAGUUUCAGAGAAAAUCCACCUUUAAAUAAAUCGGAAAUUUGCUCAGUUUGUUAAAAGUAAACACGUCGGAUUUAUUUAGAUAGAAAUGAAAGGUUUUAUUCUGGGAAUAAACUGGAGGCAGUGAAAAUUACAUCUGUCACAAUCCAUAAAUUGGAGUCUUGGCAAUGUUCUUUCAAGCUUUGGGAGAGAUUUGAAUUCUGGUUAUUUGCCCAAAAAAAUACAACACAGUAUCCGCGCUAUCAAUUUUGUAUGAAUUUGUAUCUUAUCUAAUUUUGAAAUGAAAGCCAUUCAAAUUCAUUUCCAAAAUAUGAACGACAGGGGGUGUAUGAAUAAGUUAUAGAUGCCGUGUAAUUGUUUGUUCACCCACAGGAUUCUUAUUAAACCUUAGUCUAAAAGACAGAAGUCGAGACAGGAAGAGGUGUCACAGUUAGAUUUGUACUUUUAUGUUUAAUGAAGUGGCUUCGGCCUUUCUCUCUCUCUGAGGUGUGCAUGGACUUGAACAGUGAACAGCUUUGAGGAGGUGGUAUAAUUGCUGCCUUUUGUUCACCUUUCUUGAAAAGCUGCUUGUUUCACACUGCUUCCUCUAAACGUGUCACUUCCUUUCUCUUCAGUGAGCUUUAUUAAGUGCGUAUGCAGUGGCAGGGCCCGGGCUACUCAGCCCUGCUCUGAAAAGACAUUGCUUCUUAUUCGUCCCCUGGAACCUAAAAUUGGAGAGCUGCUUCCCUGCAUCCUGAUGACCAGAGCAUUGUGGUAACCAUUUGAAAGAUGUUUUGCCUCACGUCCCUCAUGGACCAAUUACACUUCUCCCCAACCUCAGACAUACUGGCCAUCUAGAACCUAGUAAAUAGCCUCCACGAAAGUUAUCCCAUUUGUCUUCCUUUUAAAAACACGAACAAAAGCAGAGGGAAAGUGGGGGGGUUUAAUUCUGAAGAAGGAUGCAUGCGAGCUUUUGAGCUUGUCAAGACAUUCAAUGCAACAACAGGUCAAAGGUUAUUGCUAAAUGGGCCAGUCAUACUUUUUAUCACCUCUUGCUCAGGUUGCCUUAUGGAGGGCCAGAUUUUAUUCCUAAAAUCUGCCAACACAGUCCUAAGACUGUAUGACCUACCAGUCAUACAGUCUUGUAUGACUGGUAGGUUUUGGUGGCUAGUAUUUGCUUAUGUUAGUAAAAGGUUGAAUUUAACAUUUACCAGUACAUGUACAUUUAAUCAACAUAAAGUGUCUUAGUAAAGUGUUGGGUCAUCAUGUCUCACCAGAACAGCUUCAUUGCUUCUUGGCAUAGAUUCUGUAAGUCCAUGGACUCUACUGGAGGGAUGACGAACACCCUUCUUCCAAAUAUAAAGGUAUCCCUUCAUUUGUCAUUUUGAUGUUGGUGGUGGAGACUUCUGUCUGACACAUUCAUCCAAAAUCUCUCACUGGUGUUCAACUGGAUUGAUAUCUUGUGACUGCGAAGGCUUUAGCAUAUGAUUCACAUGAUUUUCCUUUAGUUUGUCACCUGUUUGUGCCUGAGAAAUGUUUAUUCAUCACUAAAACUACAGUUGCAAAUGUUUGCAGCUAUGGCACACAGCUACAUGUUUUCAUUGUAAGUGGUAGAGAGCAGCUUUAAAUGCAGUGAAGUUCAAAUGUACAGUUAGUUCAGAAUCAAAUUUGGCCAUAAACGGGAUUGGAAUGAAAGACCUGCUCUUUCAGCCAUGCCAUUUAAUAUACCUGUUAGCUGCUUUUCUGUCAGUGGUUUACUAUUGAACAAUCCAACCGUAUCAGUAUUGGUAUUUCUUAGAUUUGUAAAUGCUUGUUACAGCCAAUAGUCUGUGUUACAGAGUGGGAUAGUAAGUUGCUACACAAAGCUUAGUAUUUUGUAAUGCAUAUAGGCCAAUUCAAUCAGAAAAAAUAGCUUAUUUGAAUAAUGAAAAAUGUAUCUUUCAUUAUUCAAAUUAUCUUUUUUUUUUUCUGAUUGAGUUUUUUUUUUUUUAAGUUAUAUUGAUAAAUUAUUCACAAUUUGAACCAAUACGAAUGUGUUUUAAAGCAUUAACUAAAUUUUAUUAACUGGGUUUCCCCAUUUUUUUCCUGAUAAAUUGGUGCUAAAAUAUUUUAAAUAAGUAGCAUAUUGUAAGUAUUGGAAAGACACAUGUACUGUACUGUAUAAUAAAGAAUGGAACAGA